AAUGUGUAUAUUUUUUGAUUGACCAUUCAUAAAGAUAUUUUGGCCCCUCUCUCUAAAAGGAUCAAAAAAAGCAAAAUCAUAUUUUCAACAACUAAGUGAAAAAUAUGGGCGCAUGCGUUUCGCUCUGUUUAUCAGUGGAUUCCAAAAACGAGAAUCUCGUCAUCUCUUCGCCGGUCAAGCAGAGCUCCUUAGCGGUCAACGGCCGGGAUCAUUCCGCCGCCGUGUUGGCCGUCACGGCAAGCCUCUCUCUUCCCGGUUCCCGCGGCGGAGGUAGCAAGGAUGAUGCGUUCUUCGACUCACAACCCUGGUUGGAAUCGGAUUGUGAAGAUGAGUUUUUAAGUGUCAAUGGUGGUAAGAGAUCUGGAAUUUCACAUUUUUCGUUUGGUUAACUAUACAUUGUUGGAUCUCUACGAGUAAGGA